GAGAUGGGACGGUUCAUCUGCUUAAGUCACCAAGCCCUGCCCUUCCAGCGUCUGGGAAUUGCAAAUCCAUCUACUUUUUUUCAAAAUUCUCUGCAUAAAAUUCAAAGGACUGUAACUUGGUGCCUGCUUAAGUCAAAAGCAAAAUCUAAGAUCCUUCAAUCCAAACAAACAGCGGGAAUUAGGGUUUCAUUAUGUUCUCCAACGUCUGUGGAAGAAGACUCCCAGGAAUGUCAUCUCCAAGGCUAUUGAUGUUUCUACUUCUAACUCAAGUGCUUGGACAAGCCCAGCGAAUGACACAUGACACCAUGCUGAUGCAAUACUUUGAGAGACGCAUCAUGGUACUUGAGGACAGGCUGGAAAAACGCAACCAAGACAUGAACAAGUACGUCAGUGAGUUCAGAGAGUUCCGGAAAGAAAUUAUGUUGCGCUUGGACAGGCUGAAUAUCCACAAAUCUGAGUUUAAGAAUGAGGUAGAGAUUUUGGGAUCCAGAAUAGAGAGGAUUGAGAAGGAUAUUGACUACCUGGAGUCCCAGCAACCUACACAACCUUGCUUGGAGGUUGAUGAGAAGCCGGCCGAAGAGGAAAUCCAAAAAGAGCAGAAGAGAAAGACCAAGUUCCGUAUGUCCGCAGGUUGUGAUACCCUACUGACAGGUAUCAAGUCUCUGAAGAUUGUGAAGAGAACGGGAGAGGUUCAAGGUUCCUGGAUAAAGGAUCCAAUCCGGGACUUCCACAAGAUUUAUCUCUUCAGUGGAACCAAUGGCAACUCACUCACAGAGUUUUCUGGGAUCAAGUCCUUCACCGUCCGCUCGCAGAAGCAGCCGCCCAAGACAGUGACCCUGCCGGUGGCCUGGCAGGGGACGGGGCACAUCGCCUAUGAUGGCUACCUCUACUUCCAUGCCAAUGGAACGCUCAACCAGAUUGUCAAGUACAAUUUGCGCAACGGGACAAUCAGCGACCGGAUGCUGCUGCAGGGGGCCGGGCAGGUCCCAGCCUACCAGCUGUCUCCCUACACUUUCAUUGACCUGGCAACGGAUGAGGAAGGCGUCUGGGCUGUUCAUGCAGAGCCUGAGAGUGACGGCCACGGCAUCAUCGUGCUCACCAAAAUCGACCAUGUCAGCCUAGCAGUGGAGCACUCCUGGGACACGCCAUGCUCUAGCCGGGGGGCCGAGGCGGCCUUUGUGCUCUGUGGCACCCUGUACGUGGUCUACAACACAAAGCACGGCAGCCGCUCUCACAUCCAGUGCCUCUACGAUGUGACUGAUGUGGUGACCAAAGCCGACCUGCCCGUCCUCUACUUCCCCAAGCGAUAUGGUCGGCACUCCAUGAUCCACUACAACCCCCGGGACAAGCAGCUUUAUGCCUGGGAUGGUGGCUACCAGACGAUCUACAGGCUCUUCACGAUGAGAAAACUUGAGAGCUCGCCCAACUCCCAGUAGCUUCCAUCUUAAUCUUUAAUAUGUGCUUUAUGUGAAGUGGCCUAAGUUACUGAGCAAUAUCUAUCCAGCUUCUAGAAUAUAGAACAGUACAGGCCUAUCGGCCCACAACAUUGUGGCAAGCUAGAACAUACAAUAUAGGACAAUACAAGCCCUUUGACCCAGGAUGUUGUGCUGACCUUUUAACCUAUUCUAAAAUCAACCUAACUUCUCCCGCCCACCUAGCCCUACAUCUUUUCUAACAUCUAUGUGCCUAUCUAAGAGUUCCUUAAAUGUUGCUAAUGAAUUUUCCUCUACCAUCGCCCCUGGCAGCACAUUCCACACUCCACCAAUUUCGGUGUAAAAGAUUUAGCUCAGAUAUCCCACCCUAUAUGUCCCUCUUAUCAACAAAAUUUUGGCCUCUCAUAUUAGCUAUUUCUUCCCUGGGAAACGUCUUUGGCUAUCCACUCUAUCUUGUACAUCUCUAAUAAGUCGUUGACCAUACAACCAAAAGGUGCUGACAUUUUAACCUUCUCUAAGGUCAAUCUAACCCUUUCCUCCCACGUAAAGUCUCCAUUUUUUCUAUCAUCCCUGUUCCUACCUAGGAGUUUCUUAAAUGCCCCUCAUGUAUCUGCCUCUAAAACCAUUCCUGGUAGGGCAUUCUAUGCACCCAUGAACUUACUUCUGACACCCCCACUAUAGUUUCCUUCAGUCACCAUAAAUUAUGCCCCUUUGUAUUAACCAUUUCUGCCCUGGGAAAAAGACUCUGGCUGUCCACUCGACCUAUGCCUCGUGUCAUUUUGAAUACCUCCUUCAAGUCACCACUCAUCCACCUGCACUCUAAAGAGAAAAGCCCUCGCUCGCUCAACCUAUCCUCAUAAGACACGCCCUCUAAUCCAGGCAACAUCUUGGUAAAUUUCCUCUGUACUAUCUCUAAAGUGUCCACAUCCGUUUUAUAAUGUGGUGACCAGAAUUAAAAUGAAUUAAAUCUGA